AUGGAUUCCGAAUCAGUUAUUCUUCAUAUUUAUUCAAUUUCGGAACGAGUUAAUCGUUUUUCUUUAAUGUUUGGUCUUGGUCUUUAUCAUACAGCUGUUGAAGUUUAUGGUAAAGAACAUUCAUUUAUUGCUCAUCCAUUUAAAUUUACUGGUAUUGUUUCAACUACGCCUAAAACUGCUGCAUAUAUCUAUCAAGAAGGACUUAAUAUAGGACAAACAAAAAUGAAUAAACAAACAGUUGGUCAUGUUUUGAGAAAAUUAGGGAAAAUAUUUACUGGUAGUUCUUAUCAUCUUUUAUAUAAUAAUUGCAAUCAUUUUGCCAAUGAAUUUAUUAAACGUCUUUGUAAAGGAAAAUUACCUGCAUAUAUUAAUCGAGCAGCUAAUUCUGUUUGUUGUUUACCAUUUCUUGAUACAAUAUUUAGUGCUAGAACAGAUUCUGAAAGAUUUUUUGUUGAAGUGCUCUAUUUAACAUGUAGUGGAGAUAUGACUUGUGUUAUGAAUAUACUUGACGUUGAUCAACAAACGAAUCUUUCACGUUAUAUAUCUUAUAUAGAAGCUUCUUUUGAAGAUCAUUCAGUACCUAAAUGUCUUCCUUAUUAUCCUGUUAUUAAAAGUUAUAAUCCAUUUACACCAUCGAACUCCAUUGUUGAACUCAUUAAGAAGAAUUUAUGUACAAAUUUUAUCUUUAUUCAAGCGAAAGCUAUUUAUGAUUUUGCUUUUGAUCUUUACGAAGAAUUAAAAUCAAGAAAUUUAAAUAAUAUUACUCUGUCUAAUUAUACUGCAAUAGUUAUAUCAGAACCAAUAAUUGAAAAUGAUAUGUCAUCAGACGCCGAUUAUUCAACUGAUAUUCAUCGUUAUUUAAAUCAGCUUCAACAUAUGUUAAUUGAAGCAAUUGGACAACCUAUACUAUCUGGAAAAUAG